AUGUUUGCCGUCAAGGUCAACAUAUGUGAAGGCUAUGCUGUUGGGAGAAAGAUUGAUUUGAAGGCUCAUGACAGUUAUGAUUCCCUCUCCAAAUCCCUUCAAAAGAUGUUCCAAAACUUCUUAUCAGUGAAUAUUCAAGGCAUAAUAACCAAAGAGAAUGAGAGAGUUGAUGCAGUGAAGAAUAACUACAUACUUCUUUAUGAGGACAAUGAAGGAGACCGCAUGCUUGUUGGUGAUGUUCCCUGGGAAAUGUUCAUCACUUCAGUUAAAAGGCUCCAUAUUGCUCUUGAUCCAAGAGCUAUGAAUGAUGGGGAAGGAAUGGCAGAAGAACAAGAGAGAAACUGAAGCAAAUGAUGAUGACUGUUUGUGCUGAUAAUUAAGAAAAAUUAAGACAGUGUUGUUUUAAUCUUGGUGUUUUCAAGAUGUAGUGUGUUAGUCUUCAAUCUUGUUCUUCUAAUGGUUGGUUUAUAUAGUCGUAUUUCAUAAACAUUUGAAUAAAACUUGUGAAAUUUUCUAUUA